AUGAAGCACGAUGUGUACACCAAGGCCCCGUUGCACUUCCCACCACCCGCUGACACCACCGUCGACGAUUGGGCACGCGAGGAUGCGGAGCCGAUGACCGUGGACUCCGGCGGCCACACUGAGGGGACUGAGGAGGCCUCGGUGGAUGAGAGUGCUGCUCUGCCCGCGCCCCUGGAAGAAGUUGUCAAGGAAAUUCAAUCAUCUCUUCAGCCCUUGGAGCUUAAGACAAAUGUUUCUGCACAUGAAGAUGCUCAGGAGGUAGAAGACGAGGUAGAGGAAACAAAACGGCACUUGAAUGUGGUUUUCAUUGGUCAUGUUGAUGCUAGAAAAUCAACUGCUGGAGGGCAGAUAUUGUUCUUGAGUGGUCAAAUUGAUGAUAGGACCAUCCAAAAAUAUGAGAAGGAAGCAAAGGAUAAAAGCCAAGAAAGCUGGUACAUGGCUUACAUUAUGGAUACAAAUGAGGAAGAGCGACUUAAGGGAAAGACUGUUGAAGUUGGCAGAGCCCACUUCGAGACAGAACACACAAGAUUUACUAUUUUAGAUGCACCGGGUCACAAAAGUUACGUUCCAAAUAUGAUAAGUGGUGCAUCUCAGGCUGAUAUCGGUGUUCUGGUCAUAUCAGCUCGAAAAGGUGAAUUUGAAACUGGUUAUGAAAGAGGAGGACAGACCCGUGAACAUGUACUACUUGCAAAAACUUUAGGUGUUGCUAAGAUGGUAGUUGUCAUCAAUAAGAUGGAUGAACCUACAGUAAAAUGGUCUAAGGAAAGGUAUGAUGAGAUUGAAACAAAAAUGAUUCCUUUCCUCAAAUCUUCAGGGUACAAUGUUAAGAAAGAUGUGCAAUUCUUGCCAAUAUCUGGUCUUUUGGGAACCAAUAUGAAGACCAGGAUGGAUAAAAGCAUUUGUAGUUGGUGGGAUGGCCCAUGUCUUCUUGAAAUUCUUGGUCGUAUUGAGGUUCCUUUACGUGACCCCAAAGGUCCAGUAAGGAUGCCAAUAAUUGAUAAAUAUAAAGAUAUGGGCACUGUUGUGAUGGGGAAAAUAGAGUCUGGCACUAUCAGAGAGGGUGACAGUUUGUUGGUUAUGCCAAACAAGUCCCAUGUGAAAGUCAUUGGUAUAAGCUUGGAUGAGAGCAAAGUACGUCGUGCUGGACCUGCCGAGAAUGUCCGUGUCAAAUUGUCGGGAAUUGAAGACGAGGAUAUAAUGGCAGGUUUUGUACUUUCAAGUGUUUCUAAUCCUGUUGGUGCUGUCACUGAAUUUAAUUCUCAAUUGCAGAUUCUAGAGUUGCUUGACAAUGCUAUUUUCGCUGCGGGGUACAAAGCAGUGUUGCAUAUCCACUCUGUUGUUGAGGAGUAUGAGAUUGUUGAUCUCCUAGAGGAAAUUGAUAUGAAGAAAAAGAAAGAAGCAGAUCCAAAGAAGCCAAAGAGGAAGCCUCUUUUUGUGAAGAAUGGUGCGGUUGUUGUUUGCCGCAUUCAGGUGAAUAACUUGAUAUGCAUAGAGAAUUUCUCUUAUUUUCCUCAGCUUGGAAGGUUUACUCUUCGAAAUGAAGGAAAGACAGUAGCUGUAGGGAAAGUUGUUGCAGUUCCCCCAGCUGGCAAGCCAACGUUUUAAGCUUAAGCCAAUUUUGAACAGGAUGGUGGGCAGUGAAAAAGC